CCGGUUGAUUGAGCAUGCGCAGAGGUAGGAUGGGAUUAGACUGCUAAUGGUUCUCUAGCGAAACCACCAACCUACUUACUAUACUCUCUUCUAUAAACACUCGGAUAGCUGCUAAAUCCAACUACCGAUACAGAUGACAUACAUUCUGUACACUCGAGACACCACUUUGACUGUCCAGACCAUCACCGCAGAGCCUGGUUCCUAUACUACCAAUACCUCUCCAACCAUCUCCAACACCACCAGCCCGUCCAUUUUACAAAAUAACCCCCACCGUCGUCUUAGCGCCCACGCGCAAGCUGACGCUGCCCGCGCCAUGCGUCACACUGACAGCUGGACGCCUAUCGAGCGCCGCCAGAGCUGGAGUAGAGAGGAUCAGAAGCACGAAUUGCAAAUGACGGGGAUUAAAGAUACCGAAAUGGGACCAGGGUUCACGGAAAGUGGAGGCUGAAGACUCACGCGAGAGAAAAUCACCCAUGGGCCGGCUAUGCUAAAGACUGGUUCAAGCAGGUGCACCCUUGAGAAUGGUGAUUUGAUGGGAAUUGUAUGAAGGUAGGAGUAAAAUUGGUAUGGCGGCAUUGGAAAAUUUGCAUACCCUCUGGC